UUCGAAUACUACCUACUUGAUUAGAGCGGGGUUAGGUACAUAUUAAGUCUCUUUGAAGAUGCCCGUACGCUGUGUGUAUAGAGUAACGGAUUUAUCUUUUAUCAAUUUAUUGGAGUCAUUAACUACCUAUGCCCUGCCAGGUAGCUCCAGGAUCUGCAAACGAAAUCAGAUCGCAAUUGUCUCCGCUAUUCUCACCCUUGGCAAUUGUACAUCUAGCUGUGCCAUCACCAGAGGCCGGGAUAUGCCACUAGGUAUUAAACGAUCACAUACGUUCGGGUUGACAUCUGGCUAGGUUGUAUCCUAAAACUGCUCAGAAGCAUGGAUGAGGCAGGCAUAGAGACGGAGCCCAUUUUCGAGCUGGCGACAAAAUGCGAAAGGCUAUUUUCGGAGCACAUCUCAAGGCUGAAAGAUGAAUCUGACUUGAAUGGCGCGAAAGUCAUUGGAGAGUAUCAGCAAAAGUUUUCAGCUUGGGCGGCUUUCUUAGGCGUGUUCGCUGUGCCAGAUAUGUGCCUCGACCAUAGACUGCGCAACCAUACCGAGGUUCAGGAUUUGGUUCUUCGCUUGUUGGAUAUCAUGAGGAGAAACUUGGUUCAUCUUCUCGAAAUUGAUCAUAACAAGUCCACUUUAGACGAAGAUAUCGACAUUCCCGACUUAGGUCAAGUCUCUUCAUCCCCGAUCUGCGUCAACUUAGAGAGUCUAAGAGGAAUUGAAGGAGCGGUUGGCCGCCUCAAUCAUCUCGGCAGGACCAUACAACGAUCGUCAGAGGCAAGGCAGGCAACAAAAGUUGGCAGAUUCGUAACGACAUUUGACUCCACUUCAUUCGAAGAGAUUGCGCGCUCUGCAGUCAAGUCAUUCUACCCCGGUGCCAGCGCAUCGCUUUUGGAGCAGCUUGCCCAAGCAAUGACCAAUAUGUACGAAAGAUUCCAUUAUCGGCGAUCGAGACAAGUGCGACUCCAAGCUCGACCCAAAGCAGCAUUAUCCACCAUUGGCGAAGAGCUGGCUUCAGAUUCAAAGGCAGAUAUCGGGAGAGCAUCUUUUCAAUUAACUGCUCCUCCUGUUAUGAAUGUCAAUAAGCAGCUACCGCGCCUAGUUUCAAUGACGCAUGUAGACGACAGGUCACACAAAUCCAGGGAAUCCAAGCCAACAUCCUUAGAUAGCCGAGAGUUCAGAAAACUGUUUUCGCAACAAAGGGGCGGAUCUGCCGGUAGCGAGACAAGGUCUAUUCUUGUUAGUCAAGUCGCUUACCCUCAACCAUCUGAAGAGAGCUUGGUUUGCGAAUGGUGCUUUGCGACUCUCUCAAAAGAUGAACUCAAGGGGGAGAAAUGGAAGAAACAUUUGAAUGAAGAUUUCAAGCCAUUCAUUUGCAUAUCUGAGAAGUGUAAGGGGCAAGUAAACCAGUUUGCAACUUCAAGGGCAUGGUUUAGUCACAUGCUUGAAACACAUGGUCAAAAUUGGCAUCGAGAAAUACAUUUGCCAGUAUGGUGGAUUUGUCCACUAUGCAAUAGCGCAGAAACGACCUUUUCUAGAGCACAAGAACUCUCAGAACACAUAUCAAAGCUUCACGAUGAUAUCUUUACAAGGCCACAAAUUCAAGUCAUUGUAAACCAGAGCCAGCUCCGAUCCCCACGGCCGCAAGACAUCUGCCCCUUAUGCUGCCUUUCAAUGAGGGAUGAACAAGAAGAUGAAGAGAGACAGCAUUUGCAUUUAGCACAACCAAACCUUCUAUUGAAAGAUCAGAUGCCUGGAGAAAGUCACAAACGUGUUAAAACAGAGACUGGCUCAAGUCAGCAAAUCCAACAUAGCGACGUCAACUCCGAAGGAGAAAUGGAAGAGAUGGUAUCAAAUACUGGAGCCCAAUCUGCCCAAAAUACACAGCGAGUAAAUAUUGAAGCCAUCGCAAGACACGUAGCUGCGCAUCUUCAAGGGAUGAUGCUCUUCACCUUGCGUAUGAUGUCUCUAGAUAUCCCAAAUGCAACAGAAGAUGAAAAGUCUUUAUCUAGUAGUACCGAUCACGACGCAUCUCGCAUUGGUUUAGGGCAACAACAUUCUGAACAAGAGACAGGCACUGUUAUUAGCAUAUCGGAAGAACAAGAUAUUAACAUGGAUGUUGAUGGCCCUUCGAUAGAGGAUACUAUUCCUGACAGCGAGCACAUUAUUGAUUGGAAAGACGUAAUUAAUGAUACACAGCAUUUUCCAGGAACUGAUAGCUUUCUACAAGAGGUUAUACGCUCCGGUGCUUUCCAAUAUGAUGAGUGCAGCAACUUAUAAGUCAGCAACAAAGGAAAAGAGAAAAAAUCUCUACAAUAUGAAUACUAUCAAUCGACCAAUCUUCAAGGAAAUUUCCAAAAUCCAGAGAGGUAUCGG